UAAAUCGGUCGCUAUCAACUUGUCAGUUUCUAAGAACUGUGGACGCGUGCAACCGAAACUACGCUGUGAUAAAAUGGCUGACGAAGAAAACAACGCUGAUAAAAAGCCAAAUAGUACAUUUGGUAUUCGCCAUUUACAAGCGAUUCUGUUGCUGUUCGCACUGGUACUUGCGUACGGCAUGAGAGUAAAUAUGAGCAUAGCCAUCGUUGCAAUGACAGAUAAAGAUUCGGAGGAUUCUUUCGACUGGAGCAUCCAAAAACAAAGUGUAAUCCUGUCGUCAUUCUUCUGGGGGUACAUCGUCCUCCAGAUCCCGGCGGGAGAGCUCGCCGCCAGGCUUGGAGGGUCCAUCCUCGUCACAGUCUGCAUCGGCAUCAACGCUGUUGUAUCCGUGUUGAUACCAUGGAGCGCUUACUAUGGUGGUUGGAAGUUGGUGUGUGCAUGCAGAGUAUUCCAAGGUCUGACCCAAGGAUUUAUUGUUCCAUCAAUACACAACCUGAUUGGCAAGUGGGCUCCUGUGGAAGAAAAGAGUCGACUGGGUGCUUUGGUACAUUCUGGCUCUCAACUUGGAAAUGCAAUUCAAUUAGUGGCUGCUGGCUUCAUUGCUAGCAUUUGGGGCUGGCCAGCGAUAUUUUACGCAAACGGAGCUGUAGGCCUACUUUGGACUAUCAUCUACAUAUUCCUAGGCUCAGACUCUCCUCAAAAGUCUAGAAUGAUCAGCGAAGAGGAACGAUUGUAUAUACAGAGCUCUCUAGGGCAAGUUGGAAAACAGAAGAAACUAAAAACGCCCUGGAAAGCAAUAUGGACCUCCAUGCCUUUCAUUUCACUGAUCAUCCUCCACUGCGGACAGAACUGGGGAUUCUGGACUCUCAUGACUGAGAUGCCUUCUUAUAUGAAACAGAUUCUAGGUGUCGACAUUAAAGCCAACGGAGUGAUGUCAGCAUUACCUUACUUCGCCAUGUACCUGCUGAGCUUCCCGUUCGCUUUUCUUGCGGAUUACAUGCCGAAUAAGGGAUGGCUCAGCGUCACUGCUGUCAGAAAACUAUCAAAUUCUAUUGGAUUCUUCGGGCCAGCAAUAGCAUUAAUCGGUCUCUCCUAUACCCCCGCUGGCAACGUGAUGGUGGCAGUCAUCCUUCUAACUAUCGUAGUGGGACUGAAUGUGGGACACAUCACUGGUCUCAUGCUAGUACACCUGGACUUGGCACCAAACUUCGCGGGCACUCUGUUGGGCAUCACCAACUGCAGCGCCAAUAUCAUAUCCAUCAUAGCGCCGUUGGUAGCUGGAGCGGUACUCAAGGAUGAGACUGAUCCUGACGAUUGGCGUAAAGUAUUCUACAUAUCCUCGGCGGUGUAUAUUAUCACAAAUACAAUUUACUUGAUCUUCGGAACCAGCCAGAAGCAGAAGUGGAAUGAUUCCGAGGAAGAUAUUUCAAUAGAUGAAAAAAUACAGCGAAAGGAAGAAAAAGUUGUUUAAAGGUUGAUAUUAAUAAAAAGUAAAGCUA